AUGGCUACAACGUCCCCUCCCAAGGAGCCUCUCGUGGCUAUCCUGGGAACAACAGGCACGGGAAAAUCAGAUCUUGCGGUAGACUUAGCUCUUAAGUUUGAUGGCGAAAUUAUCAAUGCCGACGCUAUGCAGAUGUAUAGGGGUUUACCUAUCAUCACAAACCAACUUUCACUUGAAGAGCGACGAGGUGUUCCACACCAUUUGUUAGCAACCAUAAAUCCUCAUGAGCCAACAUGGGCGGUUGAUGUUUUCGCACGUGAAGCAAAAAGGCUCAUUCGCGAAAUCCGUGGUAGAGGGAAGCUUCCCAUCAUAGUAGGCGGCACCCAUUAUUAUGUCCAUAGCGUGCUUUUCGAAGACAACCUAGUUACCUCCCAGGGUACAGACGACGGCUUUCUGCAACGCCGGCCCCAAGAAGAAAAUGGAACACAAUUUCCUAUUCUAGAGGGGCCUACCGACAUGAUGUUAAGACGUCUCCGAGAGGUGGAUCCUAUUAUGGCAGAUCGGUGGCACCCCGACGAUCGACGCAAGAUUAGACGUUCCCUGGAGAUAUUCCUUACUACCGGCAAGCGAGCAUCGGAUAUAUACGCCGAGCAAAAACAAGGGAAGGCAUUUUCGAGCCAAGUCGAUAGUCCUUGGCAAUCAUUGAUGUUUUGGGUUUAUACCGACUCCGACGUGUUAAAAGAACGUCUCAAUAAAAGAGUGAAUAAGAUGUACGAAAAUGGGUUAAUGGAGGAGGUGAGAAGUCUACAUAAAGCCAGAAAACUACGAACUCAACAGGGAGAAACUGUCGACCUCACUCGUGGAAUAUGGCAGUCUAUUGGCUACAAACAAAUGGAGUCAUUUUUCGAAGCUGAACGAAAUGAAGAGAGUCCAGCCAAAUUGGAACAAGUGAAGGAGGCUGGAUUAGAGCUGAUAAGAAUUGCAACGAGGCAGUACGCAAGACAACAGUUACGAUGGAUUCGACAUAAGUCCAUACCAGCGUUCCGAGACCACCGGGCAAUGGAUCAUUUGUUUAUACUUGACAGUUCCUGUCCCAGUAAAUUUUCGACCGAUGUUCUCGAACCUGCAAGGAAGAUUUGUCGAGAUUUUCUUGAUGGUUGUGAUUUAAUCAAACCAAUCGAAGUAUCUGACAAGGCAAGCGAAGUUUUAAUGGCAUUCGGGGACGAGAAGGCGUCAUCUGAAACGUUUAAGGUCAGGACUUGCGAAAUAUGCGGUACCUCCCUCCAAUCCGAACAACAAUGGGAGAAACACACAAAGGGGCGAAGGCAUCUUCGUGCUCUUCGGUCGGGAAAAAGAACAUCGCUUAUUCCUUUUGAUGGAGGGAAGUAA